AUGUCCUUGCUCAAGAACUUCGGUGCCUCGUCUAAGCGUUUCUUCUCCUCGACUCCUCGUGUCGAAGGGUCUAAGGUCUUUUUCAAGACCCUGAUUGGCGGCCAAUUGCAGGACCCCAUCAAGUUCGAAUUGUACGACGAUGUUACCCCGAAGACCGCCGCCAACUUCAAGGCGUUGUGCACCGGUGAAAAGGGCUUCGGCUACCAAGGCCUGAUCUUCCACAGAGUUAUCCCCAACUUCAUGCUCCAAGGUGGUGACUUUGAAACCGGCAGAGGCUACGGUGGUAAGCUGAUCUACGGUAAGAAGUUCCCUGACGAAAACUUCAACAAGAGACACACCCGCCCCGGUUUGUUGUCGAUGGCCAACUCCGGCCCCAACACCAACGGGUCGCAAUUCUUCAUCACCACUGUCCCCUGCCCCUGGUUGGACGGCAAGCACGUCGUGUUUGGUGAAGUCAUUGAUGGCAUGGACGUCGUUAAGAAGAUCGAAUCUGUCGGUUCGCAAUCGGGCCAACCUUCGAAGAAGGUGGUCAUUGAAGAGUGUGGCGAAUGCUAG